UAUAGGGAGCCCGGAGUUCUAUUAUGGAGAGGGUUUACCAUUCAAGAAUUUGCCCAUCAGUUGUUUGGAAACAAAAACGAUUAUGGAAAAGGCAGGCAGAUGCCUAUCCAUUAUGGAUCGAAUAAGCACAAUUAUAUUACUGUUUCAUCACCAGUCGCUACUCAGCUUCCACAAGCUGUUGGCGCUGCCUAUGCUCUGAAGAUGGACGCGAAAAAUGCAUGUACAAUCGUAUAUUUUGGAGAUGGAGGCUCUAGCACGGGAGAUUUUCAUGCUGCUCUGAACUUUGCUGCGGUGUUAGAUGCACCAGUUAUCUUUUUCUGCCGGAACAAUGGUUUUGCAAUAAGUACACCUGUUACUGACCAGUUUCGAAGUGAUGGUGUUGUUACCAAAGGACAGGGCUAUGGAAUUCGUAGUAUUCGUGUGGAUGGAAAUGAUGCUCUUGCUGUUUUCACCGCUGUCCAGGAGGCACGAAAAAUAGCUGUUAGUGAACAUAAACCUGUUCUAGUCGAGGCUCUUACCUAUAGAGCGGGACAUCAUUCAACCUCCGAUGACUCUACCAAAUAUCGUCCAGCUACUGAAAUCGAAUGGUGGAGAACAGCAAGAGACCCUAUAAGUAGAUUUAAGAAAUGGAUUGAAAGAGAAGGCUGGUUGAACUCAGAGGCUGAAUCCGAACUUCGCAGUAAUAUCAGGAAGCAGGUAUUGCAAGCCAUUCAAGUUGCAGAAAAGGUUGAGAAGCCCCCUAUCAAGGAUGUAUUUACAGAUGUAUAUGAUGUUCCUCCAGCCAACCUCCAAGAACAAGAGACAUUUAUUCGCGAAACAAUCAAAAGAAAUCCGCAGGAUUAUCCUACUGAUGUUCCUUUGUAGUUGAAACUGCUUGUCUAUCUUCCCCUACAUAAUCCUUUUCUUCAUUUUUAGUGCAAAGCCAUUAUAUGAAAAAAUGCAAAACAUCAUGGAUUAGAUUGAUGUUAACUGAAUUAAUGUAUCUCAGCAAAGUUGUCUUGAGAGGUGAUUUUUUAAAGCUUAAGGUGAAAUUCCUUCGCUGA